AUGGAGGUAUGCCGUGAUGUCGCAUCUGCCCUAGCCAAGCUCCACCAAGUGAUCAGUGACGACAAGAAGCUGGAGACGAAGAUGAGAACUGGCCUCCGAGGAAUCUUACUCGAUAUGGUCCAUUUGAAUGCCUAUAUCGAGGAGAACUCCAAGGGGAGAGAGCAAGGGCCUGCACAUGAGGCUUGGAUCCUGCAGCUUCAAGACUUGGCGUACGACAUCGAAGAUUUCGUUGAUUCCCUCUACCGGAAGCCGAAAGAGAAGUUCCCUCUCCGGGCUGUGCGGAUGAUCACAGCAACUGAUCCCCGACCUGAGUACGGCGAUGAAAUCACAGCCUUCCAGGAGCGCACGGCGAGGCUGGAGGCGAACAAGCCGAGCUUCCCCGCAUGUACCGGCCAGAGUGGCGCAGCUGCUCAAGCUGCGUCUGUGCUCACUGCUGGUCCAUCCAUGUCCCCAAACGGAGGCACCCACACUCCUUCGACUUCAAGGUUGCUGUCCAGCGACCACGGCGCAUCUCCUCUUGUGGGCAUCGACCGUUUCAAGCAAGAUCUCGUAGAUCUGCUGAAGCAAGUCGAAGGUGAGCCCAGAGAGCUGAGGGUGAUCUCCAUCCUGGGGGUUCGCGGCGUCGGGAAGACUGCCCUCGCAAGGGCAAUCUACCAAGCCUGUGGCACUUUCGGCGACCAGGAGCCGUUCGACUGUCAUGCUAUGGUCAUGGUACGGCCUGACGACAAUGAGGCUUCCGGGAGCAAUGGCGCAGCGGAGCUCUUGAGGGAGAUCCUGAUACAAGUUGGCAACGUUGCAGGCCAGAUCUCCAAUACUUCUGCUGCCGAGUUGGAAAAUAUUCUGCGGAAAGACCUUGAGCACAAGAGAUAA